AUGCCAUUGACCUCAAUCCAAGAAGUAGAGAUCUUUGAUGUGUGGGGCAUAGAUUUCAUGGGGCCAUUUCCGAUGUCUCAUGGAAAUCUUUUUAUCUUGGUUUGUGUGGAUUACGUAUCAAAAUGGGUAGAAGCGGAGGCUUUACCUACAAACGAUGCCAAGGUAGUGGUGAAGUUUCUCAAGCGUCUAAUUAACCGAUUUGGGACUCCAAGGGUUAUCAUUAGUGAUGGGGGGUCGCAUUUUUGCAACCGGCAAUUUGAAGUUUUGAUGAAAAGGUACAAUGUGUACCACCGAGUUGCUGCCCCCUAUCAUCCUCAAACAAGUGGCCAAGUGGAGGUAUCGAAUCGUGAAUUGAAGAGGAUUUUAGAGAAGACAGUAAAUGGGACAAGAAAGGAUUGGUUCCUCAAGUUGGAUGACGCCUUAUGGGCCUACCGCACGGCAUUUAAGACACCUCUCGGUAUGUCGCCUUAUCGAAUUGUGUAUGGUAAAGGGUGUCACUUGCCGGUUGAAUUAGAACACAAGGCCUAUUGGGCAAUUAAAAAGUUGAAUUAUGACUUCAAGGCGGCCGGUGAGAAGCGCUUGUUGCGACUUAAUGAGUUAGAUGAAUUUCGACUUGAUGCUUACGAGAAUGCCAAGCUUUAUAAAGAAAGAACGAAGAAAUGGCAUGACGCUCACAUCUCACCCAAGACAUUUGAAGUUGGAGCUUUUGUGUUGCUUUAUAAUUCAAGGUUGCGGUUGUUUCCGGGAAAAUUAAAAUCUCGGUGGAGUGGUCCGUAUAAGAUCCGGCACGUGGCGGUUCAUGGAGCAAUAGAAUUAGAAAAUCAAAAGGGACAGACGUUCAAGGUCAACGGAAACCGUUGCAAGCCCUACUUGGGACCUUUGACGGGUCAAAUAGAUGACAAGAUCUAUCUUGCUCCCCCUUCAACUUAA